AUGGCCCGAGUUCGCAAGGCAACCGGUCCUACCCGGAAGGGAGCGACCGAAACGGUGCCGGAGGAGCGAGUGGAAGAAGAAACGCCCUUUGAGGCCGUUGAGUCGUCGUCCAAGGACAGUGACAAUGAGACGCAACCAUCGUCCAUGGGCGAUGACAAUGACUCACAGUCUGAGAUCGAGUCGUACAAGAUUGAUACCGACAUUGAUUUCAAGUACAACCCAAACUUUUUUGAGGACAAGAAAGCCCUUGAAAUUUACAGGGCUCGCCUACGGGCAUUUGCUACAUGGUUACGUAGUCAACCCGACAACGUAAAUAUUACCCAAGAAUGGACAAUUCCAGUUAUGCAAUUGGAAAUGCAGAUGAAGGCGCAAGCGUCUCCAUUUGGAACCUCCGAGACCAACAAAACAGACAAGUCAGUCUCCAGUCUGGUGCCUGAUCCCUUUGAUGGUACACAGAAGAAGUGGCUCGCCUUUCGAUACAGUUUUGAGGCAUGGGCCGGAGCAAGUGGGCAAUCUUUUGAUGCCUGCAUCUCACAUGACUCGGAGCGAUAUUCCCGUUCAGAACCAACAGCGACCUACAAUGACAUCAAUGACGAACCUGAUUCAUUUAAAUAUGACUGGAACGUUAAGUCAGUUCGCAAUUCAAAUAUCUUUUUUAUGCUCAAGUCGCUCACGAGCGGGGGAGAUGCAUGGGGCCUUAUCGAACCUUACGAGGUUUCAAAAAAUGGCCGUCAUGCCUGGAUCACCUUGUGUGCGUUCUAUGAAGGAGCCAGUCAGGUGGGCUUAACCACGGAAGAAGCUCGCACUACAAUUCUGACAGCGAAGUAUACCGGACAAUCCCGGAACUUCACUUUUACCAAGUAUGUUCAAAAGCAUCUUACUGGUAACAACAUAUUGGCUCGCAACAAAGAGGCCUACACGGACUCACAGAAAACAAACUUUUUCCUACAGGGAAUUGUUGAUCCUGAACUUAUGGCAUUCAAGGCAGCUGCUGAAGCUAACCUAAAUGAAUGGAAGUUCGAACGCGUUGUCACGUACAUGCGUACUCAAGCCGCCAAGCUCACGAGCAAGGACGGUAAGGAUUCCCGAAACAUUCGUCAGGCUACGGGCUUGUCGAAAAACAGGAACAACAAAAACAACCGGCGCAAGCGCUCGGAAUACCAAAGCCAAGGCAAAGGUAACAAAGAGUCGGGCAAAGGAAACAAUGCUCCUAGUACUCAACUCCGCAAGGACAUCUGGGAUGAAUUGUCUCCCGAGAUAAAGGAUGCCAUCAAAGCGGCAAAGCGUAGAGCGUCUACGGACCCGCGCACGGCUAAAAGAGCCAAGACUAGUAGUACGGAUAACUCUAACGCAAGCGUUGAGUCCUACUCGCCUGAUUUAAGGUCAAUGUCUACUGAAAUAUUUAAAGCAGAUGGUGACAAGGACUUGGCUUCAGGCCAGCCUGAGGCGAACGAUACACCACUUCAUUUGGAACUUGAAGAUACGCUUAAGAAACCUACAUAUGGAGCAGGUACCCUAUUUGGGCGAUCUGCUGACAGGGUCUCCUUUAAUCGUAUGGUAUGCAGUUCAGAAGAAAACAAAGUCACUCCUUGGCGCAUGUCAGAACUACGGCUUGCGGAUGCAACAAUAAGACGCAUUUGUAAGAAUCGCACACGAAAUCCUACCGGCCGUUCAACAUGGGGCGAAGCUGCCAUUGAUACUGGUGCCGACACAAUUUGCAUUGGUUCAGGCUAUACUGUACUUGCUCAUACAGUUGUGACGGCUGCUACAGCAUAUGACUACGAUGACGGAACCACCGUUAUUCUGGUUUUCCAUGAAGCUUUGAAUCUUGGGCCUACACAGUCCACAUCUCUCAUCAACUUGAAUCAGAUUCGGCACGCCGGACAUCAGACUGAUGACAUUCCGAAGUUUUUAUCCCAAGGGAAAUCUCUUCACGGAAUUGAAACAAUUGAUGGCGACUACAUUCCUUUUGCAUUGAAGGGACGCACAUCAUUGUUGUACUCACGAGUACCUACUCGCCAUGAGCUUGAGAACUGCCUGCACAUUGAUCUUACAUCUGAUCAACCCUGGGAUCCAAACAGCAAAGACUGGGAGGAUAAUGAGCAGCGCUACACGCGUCAUGACCGACAACGGAAUGCACGCUAUACCGCAACUGAUAAUGAGGAUGAGGAGAACUUUUACCAUGGGUAUUUCUCUCUCCCUGACUCUAAGGAGUUCCCGGUUCUACCGGCAAACAAUAAUGUUAUGAACCCACAUGAUGUCGUACGCGAGAUCAAAUAUGCUACUGCACGGGUUUCAAAAUCUAGCCCACGGGAUCUAGAUGUCGAUCGAGACAAACUUCGCCGCAUCCUGGGACAUGUUCCUAUGGAAGUAGUUGACCGAACACUGGAAGCUACAACACAACUUGCGGAACGCUCUGGCAAAAUGCCACUGCAUCGACGUUUUAAAACGAAGUUUGAACAAUUGCGAUACCGCCGGUUGAAGUGUACGUUAUAUAGCGACACUUUCAAAUCUACUGUUAAAUCCUCCCGAGGACACACGCAUACCCAAGGGUUUGUAUGUGGUGAUUCUUACUUUGUAUACCACUUUCUUAUGAAAGCGGAAUCCGAAGCAGACCAAGGUCUUGCGUCAAUUAUACAAGAUAUAGGAAUUCCGGCACAAAUUCACACCGACAACGCAAAAGUGGAAACCUUAAGCAAAUGGAAGAAAAUCACUUCCGGUCACUGGAUAAAAGUCACAGUCACGGAACCAUACUCACCGUGGCAAAACCGUUGCGAACACGAAUUCGGUGCGGUUCGGAUCCAGACACGACUUGUUAUGGAAACGACACAAUGUCCAGAACAGCUUUGGGACUACGCCAUUACCUACGUGGUAAUUGUGCGUAAUAAUACCGCUCGCAAAGCCUUAAAUUGGCAAACGCCCUUAACGGUUAUGACAGGUGACACGAGCGAUAUUUCAGAAUUGUUGGAUUUCGAGUUCUACGAACCGGUACAAUAUUUUGACAAUCCUGAAAUUAAAUUUCCACAAGCUAAGGCUAAAGUUGGUCGGUGGCUUGGUAUUGCAACAAAUGUUGGACAAGCUAUGUGCUACUAUGUCCUAACAGACAAAGGAACCGUGAUAACGCGUUCCACAGUCACACCACUUCACAAAGUUGAUUCGACUGCUUUGCAAACCUCUCUUACAGCUUUUGAUGCUAUGAUAAGGGAGAUUUAUCAGCCUACUGAUUUUGCUCACAGCACUAAAAAGCAAGCUGCCUCGUUACGACGAGAUGAAGCAAUGAAGGUUGCCAGAAAAACUGGUGAACCUGAAGAUCCAGGAGUCCGUAAUAGACAUGUUCUGUAUGACUUAAAUGAGGGAGCCGACCAUGACCAAGUGGAACCAGGACUAUCAGUUGAUGAUUACUACGGUAACGACGACGAAAAAGAGUCUGGUUCGUCGGAUCUCCUUGUCGGCAGCGAAGUACUCCUUACUAAGGGAGGUAUACAACAUCUAGACAAAGUCACCAAGCGUGAUAAAAAUGGCCAGCCCAAGGGCUCAAACGAAACAACCAAUUAUGUUGUUGAGUUCAAUGAUGGUACUGAAGAGAUUCAUGGAUACAAUGCUCUGCUUGACGCUGUGUAUAAGCAAAUAUUGUUGACCAUCAAAGGCGCCCACGUGGCGGCCGAGGACGAACGAAAGGUUGGUUCCUCCGUGUUAAAUGGGCCAAUGGUGAAUACACCUGGGAGCCUCUUACCUCUUUAA